UAUCAGCCAAAAAAACUUAAGAAAACAAUUUUGCUUAUAUAAUUUUACUAACUAAUUUAUAUAAACAAAGCUUAGUAAUGUUUAAAUUACAUUUGCGUUGUUAAUUUUUCAAUCAUUGCGCACAAUGGCGUAGAACAUUGGUAACACCAAACAUUUCAGUUUUAGUGUCACUUGACAUAUAUAUCAGCUGAUGCACUUGAUGCACUUUUCUUUUAUCAAAAAUAUUCAUAUUUAUAGACUCUUUUAAAGUGUCUGCAUGUCAUAAUUCAUAAUUUGUAUUGUGACAACAUUUCAAAGGAAUAUUCCCAGCGGAAUGUUAAUUUUUUUGUUCAUUACUCAAAGUGUUGUCAAACAUCAGUCUCAAUUUCAUCGACUCCAUUGUCCUUUAUAAUUAUAUUAAAUUUUGGCCUGUCGAAUAUUUACAAACAAUAUGGGGGGUGCUGUGAGCAGUGGUCAAGAUAACGAUGAAUUGGUUGAUAAUUUAAUUGAAUCAGGCUAUAUGAGAACAAAAGCAGUUGAAAAAGUAUUCAGAGCAAUUGACAGAGCUGAUUAUUUUUUAUCAUCACAUCGCGAAAGCGCCUAUAAAGAUUUAGCCUGGAAACAUGGCAAUAUACAUUUAUCAGCACCUUGUGUUUACAGUGAAGUUAUGGAGGGUCUUUCUCUAAAACCUGGACUCAGUUUUCUUAAUUUAGGCUCCGGAACCGGUUAUCUUAGCACAAUGGCCGGUCUUAUUCUAACUCAAAGUGGUAUUAAUCAUGGAAUCGAAUUACAUGAGGAUUGCUUAAAAUAUGCAUACGACAGAAUGGAGGAAUUCAAACAGAAAUCAUUAGCUAUAGACGAAUUUGAUUUUUGUGAACCUCGUUUUAUAAAAGGAAAUUGUUUGAGCCUGGUACCUGGCAGAAGAUAUGAUCGAGUUUAUUGUGGUGCAACGUGUCCUGAGUCACAUGAAGCAUUUAUUAAACAAUUAGUGAAAGUUGGUGGAAUUUUGGUAAUGCCAUACAAGGACCAUUUACUACGAGUCGAAAGGACUGACGAGAAUACAUGGAUUAAUAAAACAAUGUUGCCAGUUUCAUUUGCCACAUUAGUUGUACCAAGUUCCGGUGAACAGAAUUUAAUUCACUUACCCGAAUGUGAUCCAUUGUCCCUACAAGAAUUGUGUCGUCUAAGAAUAAGACGUAGAUUAAGAAAAAUUGUUUGGUUAGAGCAUGCGGAUUUGGAAUUUAAAAAACCAAUUCUCGCUGAACGUCGACGAACACCAUCGUCAUCGGCAAGAACAUUGCGUCGUUUUGUUAUUCCAAUAUUCGAAGAAUCUGAUGAAAGUUUACCCGAUGAAGAUGACGAUUACACAGGUAGAACUCGUCUCUUGUUAAAUGUCGAUGCUCAUUCAGGUGAGGCAAUUACAACGACAUUGCAAUUGGUGCGCGCUGUCAUACAACCAAACAGAGGAGAUGAGAAUCAAGCAAACGACGAAGAAACACAAGCGACAAAUACCAACAAUAGAACUAGUCAUCAAAGUAGCUUCGAAUCAGUUGAUAGUACAACAAGUAGUAAUAGUACUGAGAUACAAAGCAAUCAUGAGGGCAAACAAUUUCCCAGUACGGAAAUCUAUCAGAUUUCAGACAGUAGUACAAGUUCAGAUUCAGUGUGUGAUAAAAUUGAUGAUGAUGACGAUGAUACUACAACAAGCAAUAAGACGACAACUGAUAAUUGUAACGAGAGAAUAUCUCGACGUGAAUCAAAUAUUGAAUCAUAUUUAAGUAUGAGCGAGAGCGAUAGUGAUCAGGAACAAGAUUAUACAAUUAAACAGAGGAAAAAAAUUGCGAAACGUGAAAAAAUUGAUAAUAAUGGAAUUAUCGAUGAUUUUCGUGCAAUUAGCGAUGAUAAUACAAGUUCGAGUUCAAAUAAUACACAUCCAUCCAAUUCGGAAGUUGUCGAAACAAUGGAUUAUCAAACGUAUGAUAUAUUUCGUGAUAAUACAACGUAUCCACUUUAUCGGCCAAUGCACAAUCGAGAACAGAGACUUGGUAACCCACUUGAUCCAAGUAUGGGACAUUAUGUUGAUUCUAAUGCAUUUUCAUCUUAUUUAAAGGAAAAAAUACAUCAACUGCCUCUGCCUCAUGCACUCAAAUUAUAUUUAAACUAUAAUCGAAAUCUAUAAACAAGUGGUAAAAAAAAAUUUCAUUUUCUUUUCUCAUUGCACAAAUUUUUGGAAAAUCUUUUUGAUUCUUUUCAAUAUAAUUCAAAAGUAUCUUUUAGAUUAUAACUGUGCAUAUUUUCAUUGUUUGUACAAUUUGUAAAUUUUUUUUCGUUUUAUUUUCAAAUUUAUUUUGUUUGUACAAUAUUGAAAAAUUUCAUUUCUUGUUGAAUUUAAAAAAGAAAUUUUAUUUAAGAAUUUUCAUUGUUCGUUUAAUUGAAAAUUUUAUCAAAGAAUUUUAUUCUUUGUAUAUUAUAAAAAAAAAUCUCAUUAUUUGUACAAUUAAUAAUAAUAAUUAUCGCGAUUACUUUUUUUGUUUAGUUAAAUAAUUAUCAAAAAUUCACAAUUAUUACUUGUACAAUUAAAAAUUAUUAUUAUUGUAGAAAAUAGAAUUUAUCAUUUAUCAACAUAAUUCGAAAUCUUAAACUAAAAUAUAUAAGGGUUCAUAUUUAAAACAUUUUUUUUUUUUGCUAUAUAACGAAAACUAUUUCACAUUAUUAUAAUUAAAAAGAAACGAGUGCUUUAAAUUGAAUAAAACGAAAUAGAUUUUUAUUAGAAUUUAAUAAAGUUUUUUUUUGAUAUAUAGUUAAAAAUAUUAAAAGAAUUUAUUCGUGGAUCAAUUAGUAAAAAAUUAAGUUAAUAUUAUAAUUUAAGAAAUCGAUAAAAUCGAUAAAAGAAGUUGAAGACAUCAAUAUAAAAGAAAGUCAUUUAAAUCGAUGUGAAAUUGAUAAAAUAAAGUACAUAAAUUUUAAAAUCAAGUACUUAAAAACUAAAGUAAAUAAAAAAUUUAAGUAAAUUAAGUGGAUCAAUUAAGUAAAAUAAGUAAAUCAAUUAACUAAAAUAGAGAUUCGAUUUUCUUUUUCUAAUAUAAAAAAAAAUUUUAAUACUAUUAAAUAAAUUCUAAAAUGUAAUAUGAAAAAUUAUUUCGUAUUGUUUAAAUUACAGUUAGCGAUUUCUUAAAUAAUUUAUUAUAAAUGGAAUGGUAACUAUGUAGCUAACUCUAAUUGCGCUAUUUACAUUAUAAUAAUCGAAAUAAGUACAUAUUUCCCUAAAAAAAUUAAAAAAAAAAAAAAAAAAAAAAA